AGCAAGAGAAACCUCCUUUCGAGUCUUGUUGAGAAAGACGGGGUUGCAGUGAACCGAAUGAAUAUCUGUCUUUGGUCCGAGUUGACUGUCUUUCAAUCGCUACCUAUUCUGGAGCCUACUACUAGUCUAGGCUGCUUGCGCGAAGGAACAUCUGCUGGACGAUUAUCUGCAACGUUCUGAGAAUUUCUAGAUCCUUUUCUUCUGAACGUUCAAGAAGAGCAGCAACGUGUUGGUCGAUUUGGCAGGGAACCAGUAGACGUGGAAUAUCUUCUACAUGCAUGGCAUGUUCAGAGCCCUCGGUUCUACCAACAAAAGCUAGCUCGAAUAGAAGACAGUGACAAUUACCCAAUCUCUCUGACGUCAAUCAUUCCUGAGACAAUUCUGCUCCAGCUUCCAGUCAACAACAACUAACAGAACACAGUUGUGGCAAAACGUUGAUACAGCUACACAACCAAAAUGGCUGAAAGCAGUGAUGGAGGGAAAUGGUCAUUCCUCUCCAAUCUUCCAUUUCGGUCAACUGACACUGACUUUAGCUCUAAGGUUGCAAUAAAAGUGCAUGACCUGUUGAGAGCCCAGUCAACAACAACAACAACAACAACACCAAGCGUGUCUUGCUUGCCAACUCUGAAUGGAAUGUUCAACCACUGGAUCAAUGACAAUGUUCGUCAACAGCCGUCGCCUCAGAAAUUCAAUGAUGAUGUAACUCAGCUCUGUGAUGUGGUGAAACUCGUCUUCAAUGGAAACGAACAUGCUUCUCCAGUGCUGUACCCAUGCUUGCUCUACCUUUGCAUUCAGCUGAAGAAACAAAUCCAUAGGAUGACUUUUUCAUCUUGGCGAAUACCAGGCGCAGCUUCCAAAAAAACGACAUUGCGUGCAACUUUGCAAGAACGUCUGAUCAGCGUUAUGGCUGACUUCACUGAUGACCUGGAUUCGAUGUUCAUCACCAAUGAUGCAUGUACAGAGGACAUGAUAGACCUGAUGGAAUUCACCCAGUGCUCAAAACAGGCUGCAGGUGUUUUUGCAACACUUGCCCAACAGCUGUCCUUGCGAGACGAUGUCUUCAAGCCAGAUGUCCAGCUCAUGAAAGCAUUCUUCAGCUUGGUGCGCCUCGACCUCAAGUUCAAUGCACUCAAUGGCAACCAACAGACAUACUGGCAUGGUCUCUUUCACCAUAUUCAAGGUUUCUUCAGAAUCUCGAAGAACCAGGAAGGAGUGGAGCACUUCUUGGAUGGUUUUUCGGAUAUGCUGAGGAAAUGCAAGAAGACCAGGCUAUUGAUUCCACUUGGCCCUCAAGCUUUUUGUGAAUUGCUCAAAGGACUAUACAAGGAUUCUGCAGCCAGUCAAAAUGAUAGGCUUUAUCCAGAAGCGGCACGCGGCUUGAUUCAACGGUUUCGGGAGUUCUUCACGGACGGGUUUGAUGACAAUCAAGUUUGGAAAUUUGUUUUUGGUCGCCUUGCAACCUGCAAAGACGUGACAGUGAAGUCCAGCUUGAUGAUGGAUCUUGCUAAAGACUGUAAAUGUGACACUAUGGUCUGUGCUUUGCAAGCCUUGUCACGCAAUGGUGGCCCAAAUAUGGUUCUUGUGUUGAUUGCCGAAGUUGCCAAGGAGAAAUACCUCUCUGAACAUCUGCUGAAGUAUCUGUCACAAGUAUUCAAUCGCUAUCUGCAACAAACAAGUGGAAUUGUCUCAGCCGAGGACCUUAAACACUUCUUUUCCAACGUACCGAAGGAAAACAAGCAGUUUGGUGUUGUCUUGUUCAGCACCUGUGUUCUUGGUGGUAAUCCCAACCAAAAGAGGGAGUUGGAGAAGGAACCAGAAUCACUUGCCAGUCUCAUUGAUUUUGUCGGUGAGGUUCAACCUGAUCUCAUUCAAUCCAACCUUGUUCCUAUCCUCAUGAUGCUCAGAAAGGCAUGCACGUACCAGGUUUUCUUGAUUCUGAAGUACAGCAGCUAUGUGCGUGAAAUGCAGCUGAAUGACAGCAUGCAAUCUGCCAUGAAUGACAUCAAAUACUCUUGGUCCCUUCCGUCCAACAACAGCUACAGGUACUACACGUACCAGCAAGUGGCCAGAACGACACAGGUUGUGUCAAGCUACCUCAUCAAUGUCAUGACUUUACUGGACAACUCCAAGGCAAGCACAACAGAGCGGUCACUGGCAUGGAUUUGGUGGUUGAAGCUGUGUAAAAAGGUGUCGGAACUUCUCCUGUCUCUGUACAAACAGAACCCUGAGCAAACCAUCAACACCUUUGGAACAUCAUUUGUGGAAGCUCACGACCGGCCCACCAAUCUCCAUGCGUUUGAGUGGGUUCUGUACACGAUGGUACUGCGAAGAAUUCUUGCAGCCGAUCCGAAGGUGUACGUGAAAGGCCACUGCAGCAUUCUGCUCCAACAAUGCAAUGAGGUAUUUGUAUACCUCGAGAGCACCAGCUGCAAUGAUGAUGCAAAUAGCAGCAGCAGCAGCAGCAGCAGGAACAGCAGCAGGACGGCCACUCAAGCAAAACAACCCAAGGACACAAAGUGGUUUCAGGAUCUCAGGACCACGAUUCAGAACCACAACGUCAGCAUCAUUGAAAAGACAUACACGGCAGACUCCCAUGCAUGGUACGUUCAGCAGAAAGAGCAACUGAAUAAAGUAUUCAAAGUCUUUCAACUGAGAAUAGUACAGGAGUGCGAUAUGCCGACUUUGGAUGACCUGCACAAGGAGUUAGACAAGUACGUGAGCAUCGUCCAGUGGCUGCAGGAGCAGUGUAUUAACAACCUACACCAAACUUCAAUGAAUGCCUUACAACGUAUCAACGGCACGGAAGCACCUGAGUACAAGGAUCUUAAUGCAGCAUGUUCAGCAGCAAAGACCAUGUUGAUAAGUCUACAAUGCCCUCUGCAAGCUGACAUGGUAAACGGAUCUACUGUUUGCGACUUUCUACACCACUUCUUGUCACAGAAGAGCCAUGCUCUUUUCUCGGCCGUCUUGUCCAUGCAACAAGAAGGGAAGCCUUGUCAUACUCUUGAAUCCAUGACCGAAAAUCUGCAGUCGGCCCACACGUUCAUGUCUAGCAUUCUGUCUUUGAACGUGAAUGCAAAGUCGCUCCUGGAAAUGAAUGAACAAAUGCGGUUUGCCGACAUCAGCGCAGAGCUGGCUACAUUGGUCUCAUUUCCCCCGUACGCCAAGCUAGGUAGCGGUGACCAAGUGAAGAAUGUGCUUGAAACCAUUCAACAGUGUUUCAUAGUGAUGAGGUAUAGUACCUGGGUGCCCACGUUGCUGAAGGUACUUCAAGACAAUGACAUGAUCACUACGGAGGAUGACGCAGAUGAUGACGAUCUCAAAGUAGUCAAAAGUCUGCGGGAAGUGAGCAUUGACCGUCUCGAGUUGAAGGCAGUGAAAGAGAUGUUUCACCAAGUCAACAAUUUAUUCAAGGAUUUGACCUCGGACCACAUGAAGUUCAUUGAAGAAGUGCAAAAGCAAGCCAGCUUGAUACAGCUGUUGAUGGAGCACAGCUUCAACCCUGGGUUCUGUGAACAACUGACGAAUCAGACACGCGGAGAACCACUGCAAGCCAGAUUGUUACGUUCUCUAAUGGCCAGCCACCAAUGCCUGCGUGACUUCAUCCAACACCAACCAACUCAGCUCCGUGAUGCUAUCUGUAAGCUGCAGCUGCUACAAGCUACUGCCGAAAACACUGAGCAUAUACGGACAGCCGGUCAGAACCUUGGCGACAUCCGAGGCAUUAUCCACAAGGCUCAAUCUAAAAGUAUUGACAAUGCAUUCGAGCUUGUACAUGAGCUACAGAAUCAUGGCCAAGCAACUGUCCACCUUAAUGCUCAUAUGAGCAGGCUGUCAGCAAUUGAUUUCAGCUAUGAUUCUGAUGCGGCUGGAGGGUGCACGCUAUCAGAGGAGGAAUUGUUCGAUCUCAGGCGGAAACUGGUUCUCAGUGAAAACAGCAGUGAAGCAGAUGUUAAGGAAAGAGCAAAGGCAUUUCUGAAGGUCAUUAAUGCUGUGGAUAUGCUCAAAGAGACUCUGUUCGCACUGGAAAAGGAUGGGCACCCUCACUAUUUCAUACCCAAUCGCCAACUGCGGUAUCCUCUCAACGGUGUCUCUAGAAUUGAAGAAGAAGGGCGUACUUUGAAGAACACGUUACAGAAGUGGCGUCUGGAACUGAAGCAAGCACGCACUAGUAAAAGUCGUUGUCUUCGUCUCUACAGCAACUCUCAGAUUGGCCAUAUGUUGGCUUUACUACAACCUGGAGAGUUACAACAAAGAAGCAUUCAAUCCAUGAUGGAGAAUGAUACCGUGCAGAAUGCCAGCGCAAGAUGUGUUGCAGCCAUACUGCUUUCAUCCCAGCCUCUUUUGAGCAAGCCUGAGAAUGUAGAGGGCAUACUCCAAGGCACGCAUAGACCUUUUGGUCUUGGAAACGGCAGUCAUUUGUUGGAAGAACUGUGUACGCUGGUCAAUGCUAAAAUCAAUGUGGAAUCUGCAGCUGGAGAAGAUGGCCUGACUGCUUAUGAUGAAGGGAAACAAUACAUCUAUUCAGUAGCACUAUCGCAGGUGAAUCACCAGCAACGGGUGCAUCAGCAACAGCCAAAUGGCACUAGCAACCUCCUGCCUAGUGUCCUAUCUGUAUUUCUACAGCAGCAUGCUUUGCCGUGUCAGUCACAGCUACUGUUUUGUACUCUGGACACUACAGUAUCGGAGUUAGAACAGUUUGUGUCCCGUGCAACUCUCGUCACAUCUGUGCCAUUUGUGUUGAUUGGCAUUGACCGGCUGAAUAGGGAGACACGCUCAGCUUUGGCUACAGAACAACUGCGAUUGAGUGAACACGAAGAACAUGCGGAUGUUUACUACAUCUUACUGGACUGCUGUGCAACAUCUUUACCUGGUUGUGUUUUAUGGGAUGGCAAUGACAUGAGUGACUCUCAGCAAUCAAAGGCCAUCGAGGCCGCUCUGAAGAAAGUGAAGCGUCCGAAAGUAGUUGCUGUUACUGGAAAGCCAGGUGUCGGAAAGUCCACAUAUAUCCACAAUGAGGUGAAGUCUUUCCAAUGUACUAUCACUAUCAACGGAGUACCUGACUACACUUCCAUUAUCAAGAAGCUCAAUUCACUGCCCCGACAAGCGACUGUUCUGUUCAGCUUGUCAUCACAUUUGCCAUGGGAUAUUGUUGAUAUGCUCUUCUUCAACUUGCUUGUAACAGGAUCAUUGAUCAGUCCAACAUCUGGUUCAACACACACUAUCCCUCGGGAUUCCGAUUGGAAAUGGUGGGUUGAAGUGCCCCCUCCACCGAAUCAGGCAAGCACCGGUUCGAACUACCUGAGAAAACACUUGCCAAUGUUAGCAUUAUUUGCUGAAGAGAGAGCGGUCAAUGAGCAUCACGCAUUUAUCUUGUCAGAUCGAGAUUGUCUUGUUGCGAGAUACACUGCCUGUUACCUCACAAAACGGAAUGGUAGAAAGCGAAUCAAUGAGAAAAUGGAAGGUGACCAGAAAUAUCCGGAUCUAAGCAGCUUCCCAAUGAGUGCACGUGAUUUCAAGGAGUCACUUCUCAAACUCUGGGAGCUCAGUAUCGAGAUGAAACCAAGCUCACCAACGUCGAUGUUGUUGAAAGGUGACAAGCGAGUCCAGGCCAUGUUCGUAGCAUACCUUCAGAGACGAUUCAAAUAUUUUGAACAGAAGUCAUUCUUCCGUCACUUUGACCUUCCUUCCAUGGGAUCCGAUUUAUUCGAACAAUUCAUUGCCGAGGCUCACUAUCUCUGUGCAGCGGAUCUGGAAUGCUCCUGGAGAGAUUGUCGGCAGUCUUUUUUGGUAUUUGAUUCAGCUUAUCAGAGAAUGUGGCCUCUCUACCCAAAGUGUACACAUGCCUCACACCAGAUGACUACUGUUGGUUUCAACCGCAUCACCAAGGGAGCGGAGGAGACCCUAAGAUCAUCUUCGAAUCGGUGGGAAAGGUAUAUUGCAGACACUUUCCAUCUCAAUGAGGUUAUUUUAUCACAACUGCUACGUGAGAAACAAUUUGUGCUUACCCCGGAUGCUGCUUACAAGAUCUUGAUGAUCCACGAGCGAAAACAAGCACGGAUUCCUCUUGUCAUAGAAGGAGAAACCGGCGUCGGAAAAACGUUUCUUCUGGAAUUCUAUGCAAAUCUUCUUGAUGAGCAAGCGAUGCAGCAAGGUCUGGGAAGAAGCAAAGCACCUCGGCUGAGGAAGCGCUUUUCUGAAUGGUUGGGACAGAAACUACAGAACCAGCAGUAUGCAAUGCGAUUGGCCUCACAGCAAUCACAGCUCACAAAGUAUAAGGCUGGUCUUCUUGCAAAGUCUUACGAUCAGAACGCACUGGUAGAUAUUUGGAAAUGGGUUCUGGACAAUCUGGCUUCCUGUGAAACCACUGCACCGACAGGCACAAGUUUGCAAGGCGCUCUGUGUGAGCAGCUCAUCAGAGAUUUGCAGACGUUUAUGUCUCAAUGCUAUUCUGAUAUACCACGUCUAAAACCACUGGCAGCUGGGAGCUUUCUCAAGACACUGAUAGACAGCACGAAACCAACCAGAGAUGAGUCUGUCACUUUACUGAAGCUGUUCUUACAAGCCGAAGUGCAUCCUCUCCUUUGGCAUCAGCUGGUUCAUCCCGGAGUGCAACCUCAUGAGAUUGACAUGUUUCUACAGACACCUUGCCGGCUGGCCACCCAAUUAAAGCACACGCAGCUUGUUGUGUUUUUUGACGAGGUCAACACAGCGUGUAGCCCGGGAAUCUACAAAGAAAUUCUCGUUGAUCACAGCUUGAAUGGCAAGAGACUGCCAGACAAUAUCUUCUUCGUCGCUGCCAUAAACCCAUACACACCCUCAGAUGCUCAUGACACUAAUGCUGUUAGAGAGCAGCAUGUCAAGACUGCGAGUAAAAGCGCCAGUGUAAUGGACAUUGGAGAGAGGAACUACACUGUACAUGAGUUACCAGCAUCUAUGGUGUCAUUCAGGUGGAAAUAUCCUGGUCUGGACAAUAACACGGAACUGGAACAAUAUAUUCAGAAAAGGCUUUCCAUGCAAUGGCGCAACCUGAAUGAUGGUACAGCUUGUGAACCAACAGCUGUCCAAUCACAACUAACUACCAUACUUCUUGCCGCUCAUAGGUUUUUCUUGGACAAGAAACUCCUUGGAUCUGUCAGCCACCGGGACAUCGAGAAAGUAUUUUGCCUCAUUCCGUUCUUUCAAGCAUGUUCAUUCUUCCAUGUGCUGGGUGCUCAAAAUGUGCCUGGAGAGUUGAAUAGAACACCGGUGCAGCCCAUCUCCAAGAUGCGCACUAGCAUCUAUCUUGCUGUGUGUGUGGUGUACUAUAUGCGCCUUCCUGACCAAUCUCCAAAAGGGAAUGGAGUUUGCCGUGCCAGUUUCGACAACCAUCUGGAUGUCACAACUGGCAAAAGGGUCUCAGAAGUGUUUGAGGAAGCGGUGAACCAGUUUGUGACAAGGGACAACUUUGCAAUUCCGCCGGGUGUUGCUCUGAACCAAGCAUUGAAGGAGAACGUAUUUGCAAUAACAGCUUGUAUCCAGACCAGAACUCCAAUGUGUAUCAUCGGUGCUCCUGGAGCGUCCAAGACACUGAGUUUUCACAUUGUUCGUGACAACUUGCAUGGAUUGUCGUCACCAAAGAAGUUUUGUGAGCAGUUUGAGAAACUACAUUGCCUUUUCUACCAGUGUUCAGAAUAUUCCACCAGCAACGAUAUCAAGCAAGUUUUAGUUGAGGCUGAGCAGUUUCAGGAAAUAUACAACAAUGACCACACCGCAAAGACAAAGACGCGGUGUGUGGUGCUGCUGGAUGAAGCAGGCCUGCCAAGCAAAAACAGUAUGGUGUUGAAGGUGCUUCACCCAUUCCUGGACAAGUGCAGGAUGUCAUUUGUAGCCAUAUCCAACAAUCAUUUUGACUCUGCCAAUGAAAACCGGAUGGUUGUCGUUCUUCGCUCAUUGGCCUCCCUAGAUGAUAUGCUAGUUCUUGCUGCUGGAUGCGUUGGCCAUGUGGUCAAGUCUCUUGAUAAGAGCGCUAAUCUCUUUUUACAAGGUCUUUGCAAUGCAUAUCGAGAGGUAGUGAAAGAUGACACCUUUGGAAAAAUCUACCACUGCCGCGAUAUAAUUUACCUUCUCCGCCACAUCCAUCGUCACCAACUUCAGAGCAGGCACUCAUUAAGUUUUAGUGGGGAUCUGCUGCUUAGAGCACUUGAGCAAAACUUCAAUGCCACUGAUGAUUCUGAUUUCAGGCGCAUCACCAACAUCUUCUUUCAGUGUGUCGAAGCCAAAUUGCAAGAAGCGGGUAUAACCUUUCAGCGUCCUCAGCAAAAGUUCUACCGCUCUAAGAUGGCAAUCCUUCGUCAUGCACUUCGAUUUUCAUCACACCGUGGCCGGCCCCAGAAAGAUCAGUUUGAAAAGCCAAUAGAGACAGGUCAUCCCUUAGCACCACGGUUCAAGUUGAUUAUUGAUCCAACAGAUGAUUUUUCCGGAUUGCGGCUCCUCCAGAAUGAAGGUGUGAUAAGCAGAGACACUGCCAAGGUUUUCUGCAUGAGUGACUUGUUGCAGGAUCAAUCUGAUGUUCAUGUUGCUGAAGUAAUAUCUGGAAUAAAGUACUGCGUAGAGCAUCCCUCGACAGCCAUUCUAAUCAAUGCAUCACGUGUCUUUGGGAGCCUGUAUGAUCUGCUAAACCAGAGCUUCCUGCGGAUUGGUGUAUCAAGCAAGCAGAGUCCGCAGCAAGAUGAAACAACAACGCCUAGAGCAUAUGCCAAUAUUGCAAUGGGCACAAAGACAUACAGCUGCGAAGUUCACGCAAGCUUCCAGUGCAUUGUGUUCUUGAGCAAGAGAGAUUUUGACAGCUCACCAGCUCCAUUCCUCAGUCGCUUUGAAAAGUUUUUAAUCACUCCAGAAUCCAUACUCAAUGAGCGCAUUCACCGGUUAACACAUGCAGAUCAGCUGAAAGUGCGAGCUGCCUAUAACAUCUGCCAAUCAUUUGUUGACCACAUGGGUCCUUCCGCGUUCUAUGGAUAUUCUCCAGGCAAUACUCUACCUUCGCUGCUCAUGUCACACAUUCAGCCUCCAAGGGAAGGAGAUGAAUUUGGCAGCUUCUGUGUGAAUGAAUUCACAGGCGUUCUCAACAACUUUGACAACAUCACGGCAAAUUGUAGUGAGAUGCAGCGACUUGCAAGAGGGUUGUGUGCUCAACUUCUCCAGUUAGUGACACCUGAGACAUUUGUGCUGAAGAUGCACACACUGGCUGACGCAAAUGAUUAUGCUGGCAUCUAUUUUCAUGCUCUAGAAAGCACGUGCUGUGAUUUGAAGCAACUUCUGGAAAAUCGAACACCUGAAAGUGCAAAAAAGGGCAACAAGUGUGCCGAUGCAGCUAAAGCACUCAUGAUGUUUACCCGCACGUCAAGUGACAUGCAAAGCCUCCAGUCAUUCAUCAGUGCCACGGUCAGUAAAACAUCGAUGCAACACAUCGCUGUUGAGAACGCACACGAGUUUAUGUGUAAACGUGAUGUUGAAUCGAGACUUCAGCGCUUCCAACAGGAUUCAAGAACAUGCUUGGUGGUAAGCAUUGAUUCCAAGAAGGCUUCAGAUCACCGCAUCUGGCAUCAACUUAUCACCGACAACAUGGUGUCUUGUUCCGAAAGCAACAAAUUCUUCGUAAUGCUUUUCCACAUUCCAGAAUUGGAAGUCCAUCUACCAAGCAACCAUGCAGCAACCUUCCUAAAUAAUUGGAGCUGUCUGUUCCUGGAUUCGGUGUGCCAACCUCCAUUCAAUCUACACCGCCUUGCUGGAAUCAUUGUCAGAGAGUCGCAGUCAUAUGGUGACGACAAUGAAGUGGACCUAAAAGAAACACAGAAGCAUCAGGACUUUGCAGAAUUGGUGCUACCAACGAGAUUCGAUAAGCUUGGCCAAGAGCUGGCCACCCGGUAUAUUCCCUGUCUGAGUAAUAAAGUGAAACUUCCGAAAACUGUCAAGGCGUCCUGCCAACGGCUUUACAAGAACAAAGGUGAACUUCAUGAGCAACUACAGUGUGUACUAGAUGAUUUCCCUUGCAUUCUCAAGCUGGCAUGUAAGAGAUUUUCACGCUCAUAUUCCGAUCGUCAAGCCUACAAGCUGAUGUGCAGUCUUGCUCGGGACCUCACCAGUCGCAACACAUCAGGCAGUUUUGCGGCAGCUAUAAAUCAAAGCAUCCAGCAACUGUUUCCAUCCGUCUUGGACCCUGUCCUGACGAGUGUCUGUAGCAACUACGGCUUGGCACAUCUCAAUGAGUGGUCAGAAGAGACUAUUUCUUGUCUAGUUGACUUGAUUCCUGUAUCAUCAUGCAAACGUCAACAGGUCCAGCAGGUUCAACUCUCACUCCAUCGCCUGGUGCCUGGACUGCCUCUCUUUACUCUGCUCAGGCAGAGAAUCUUAUCAGUACUCUCCAAGUUGCAUACUGGAUUCAAUGUGGACAAGGCGAGGCAGCUGCUAGAACAGGACAAGAUAAUUGGCAAGCUGCUGUCAGGCAGCGAGGCAUCAAAGAUACAGGAGACAUUUUGCAAGGACUAUCUCCUGUUGCUGCUUGCAAAAGGUAGCAAACAAAUCUGCGAGGGAUCGCGUGAACUUUUGUCUGUGCAGCAAAUUCUCCAAUGGCUCAAGCUUGAUCAGGAGUACCAAUGCCAGUCUGCACCUCGCAACCUGAUUGUCGUGAUGUACUGGGCAACGGAAAAGAAUAAAAAGAAAAGGGAGGUCAUUGCCACAUUGUUCCAGUGCAGUAUGACAGUGGAUAACAUUCCAAAUUCCAUCACAGACAUCUCAGCAAGAAUGGCAGUGCAUAACUCCUUACAAGAUGCUUUCUCUGCUCAAUUACUGUCUUUUUUAUGUGAUCAGCUAUGGAAACACCUUCUGACUCUAGCAGAGAAUGGUGAGGCUGAAGAGUGGUCCGAAUCCCUCGCUGAGUGGGUUAUUCUGCUCCAACUUUGGAAUGAACCAGAUAUCAACAACUGUCUCUCUGCCAUGUCAGGUCAACUUGGAACCACUGUAGACAGGCUAUCACUGAUGCGUAGCAUGAAAGUGUUCUUGUGUGGACUGACAAGGCCCAUUGCCACGGCUUCUGUUCGCAAAGUCAGUGCAGUCCAUACUGCGCACGCUGAGCAGGUAUCUUGCCAAGCAUUCAUUCAGUGUAUGACAUCACUUGCAACUGAUCUAGGGACAUCCAAUCAGAAAGAAAGGGUCAUUCUGGCCCUUCUAGAGACUGUCCAGUUCUGGUCAUCAAACGGCCAAAUCCAACAAGCUGACAUCCAAGCCAUAUUUCGCCUUCUGAAUGGAGGGUUGAUCGCCAGUGAUGUCCGUUAUGCCAGCUUGUGCAGAGAACUCAGUGUACAAAUCACCGAUCACCUCUGGAAGAGAGAUGAUAAGACGACAGUUGGUUGUCUGAAGAGCGAGCUAUCGAUGCACCACAGCUACAAGCCCCCAGUCUAUGAAGGUUACUCACCCCUCAAGAAACAGCCAUUAGCUGAUGUACUCUUCUUCCAUCAAGUUAGAAAGCAUGGUGAAGGCACAAGGCAACUAUCAAUUGAUGAGUUGUACCGGAGAAUACUUGACUUUGGAACUGAUAGUUCACCGUCCAGUCUCUUUCACAGCGUUGUCUUGGCUGGCUGGAAAUACUGCCUACUUGAGCAAAUGGUCGCGAUUAUCUCCAGACAAUCUGCUGCCUCGGUAAUCCAAAUUGACAGUGACUUCAGAACAGUGUUCAACUAUGUGACAAGUACACAGGACUUUGACCUGAAGCAGCCAUCAUCCAUGUGUUUGUUCUUCCUCAAGGCUUUGAAAUCAAAGGUCAGCACACAGCACCUUAUCAAGUGGUUGACCAAAUACAACAGUGAUUGGUGUAGAGCAGUUCUCUUGAGCAUUAACCAAGGCACUAGCGAGUAUUUACCGGUAACGUUUCUCUCAUUCAUGCGCUCUCCGAACCCACCUGCCACUGGCGAGUCGACACAUAUUGGAUUUGAGAGAGCCCAUUCACAGUACGCUGAGCUCCAAAGUGUGUUCAAGAAGAUGGAAAGCAAAGAGUACUCGGUCAUUCAACAGUGGAUCUCUAGUCGGCUUUCGGCAAACACACUGGUGGAUGGUAUACCAGUACGCGCAUGGAUGAAAGGCUCUCUGCUGCUUCUCAUUUUCCAUGACUAUCACCAGAAGAGCAAAUGUCAACCGCUUGAAGCUUUAUGGUCCAAUUUUGAUGCCGUAUUCAAUUGUUUACGGCUUUCAACAUUGGAGAAGAAUGCGUUUCAAUUCUUCUUGAGUAAGACCUAUCGAAAAUCAGCCCUUGGUUCUGAUGAUGAGCUUUAUUCUCUAUUUGAUCCACAGUCCAGCAACGAUCAACAUAUCAUGCCUCAGCUAAUGGUCAAUGUACUGGUUUGCAAUCUAUUCUUCAGCCAGCAAACACAUUGGUAUUCACUCAUCGCCAACCCAGACAGCCUCAAAGAUUCAUUCUAUUUUGGAGCAGUUUCCUACACAGGGCGGAAAGGCCGGCUUGAUGGGGGGUAUAACAUUGAUUGUUACAGCCAGUUUGAUGAUGAAGGGCGACCAACAUGCACUCCGGACAGCAGGCUGAGUUCUACUAUGGCUCUACUCUGCCUUCUGUUCACAUUCAGCUCCAUCUUCUGGCAUGUGGCUCUAGUCGGAGUAGAUGAUAUCUUCGAAGUCGUUAGCAGGUACUAUGUAGAAAUGGCCGCACCAGAACGUAGCUCACGUGUAAAGGCAAUGUGGUUCUGUCGACAGCGAAUUGGAAUGCCCAUCAACUGUUUGGUGAAUGGUAUUGCUGGACGAGGGCCCCUGAGCCAAGAAAAGUCCGCACUGCUGAUCACACGAUGCCUGGAGAAAGUUGUCACCAUGCAGUACAGACACACACAUCUCUUCUCACCGAAAUAUUCAGACAGUGGUCUCAAAGAAACUGCAGAGUGUGCAUUUCAACAAGACCUGUGCAAUAACAUACUUGACAGAUUGGACAAAUUUGAGGCGAAUAUUUCGUAUGGCGAUCUUGCAAAGAAGAUAGCACAUUAUCCUGGCCCGUUGCCACCGAUGGGCAUCACUACUGUUCUCCAAGCUGUGCAGAGCAAUAGCAGCACUGCUGUUGGAGCGCACCUCAACUGCAUUAGGCACUUCUUUUCUAAUCUCAAAGAGCUGGAGCUGUUGACGGCUUUUUCAGAUUUGCUGGUGAUGAUGGAAUGGCUGCAAACAACUGGAUCUCACCAGUACAUGCCAGAUGCCUGUCUGUCACAACUAAAAGUUGGUGUGCAAAGAGAGACUCUACGCAAAGGCAUGGAUGCCUGGAACAGCGUACAUGCCUUCAACGGCGGUCGUAUUGCCGUCGACUGUGCUGCUCCCCGGAUAGAACGAAUUGGAGAUGGCACACCUUUGUCCUACAUCAGUGACAUGUUGCCAAAGGUUCUGAAAUACUUGUUGAAAGUUCAGUGGGACUUUUAUCAUGACUGUACCCAAACUUCAUCUACAAGUCUCGAUGAAGGCAACCAGUUGGGCGUGGAAUUACUGGAUUCACAACCUUCUGUGCCUUUGGAGGUUGUUGCAGAAAUGAAGGGCAAAGGUGCUCUGUACAUCGACACUGAUGAAGUUGAUUCCAUUGUGCGCCAGUGCUCCAAUUUUGUUUUGACAAGACGAACAGUGGACUAUGAUCUACUUCGACUCCAACGGUUGAUCUUAGCCUAUGUGGCUCAGUCUAUGCGUGUUGUCACAUAUGAAAAAUCUCAUCUGUUAGCUCCGCUGCAGUUUGCUAUACACCUCGAUUCAGGACAGAAGUUCCUCGAUAGGUAUCGUCUGAAGAAUGACCUGCCAGAAGUAUUCUGCAAGCCAUUAAAAGACCAUCGUCUUCGCCUGGUAACAAUGUUUGUAAGGAAAUUGAACCAUGAGCAGGCCAUCAGCUUGAUGAACGCUCUAGCAACAAUCUCCAAUGUGCAAUGUUUCAACCAGCCUGCUGCUAGCUCAAAUCAAGAUUGCUUGCUGAGCAAGUGCAUCAAGGAUAUCUCUGGAAGCUCACAAAGGAGUUACGACACAUCCUUUCUGCCGGAUCUCCAGCAUCUGGAACAACAAGCUCAUGUACGCCUUGGCAAUAUCUCCUGGGUACACAAAAUGGUUCAUAAUCACAUCGUGACAAUGGGCUAUCUGCAUGCUGAUCUUCCAUUGACAGUUCGGUUCGAUCUUCAACCGGAGAAUCUCAAAGCAGAGGUGCAACGAGUCAUAACCCAGUGUAUACCCAGCGCUAAUGUUGAGCAGAAAUUACAUUACACCGAAGGAGCAAUUCAAAGAUUGCUGGAAUGCGCACCGCGGGCGGAGAAAACACAAGAUGCCAGUCUGUCCACCAUAGGCAACACUUGCGACGACACCUACAAGGGUCUGUUCCAAUCGCUGCCGCCGAGCGUGAAGUGCCAGAACCUUGCUGCUGUUGUCACCGUAGUGGUACAGCUUUCACAGAAACUUCAUACCGACUACAUGGAUCACCAAGCAAGACAAACAGUGCAGCUUUGGAGUGACUCGCCAGACACCGCAGGCAUAGACUCUGCUAGCAAUGUGUUCACGGAGUGGAGGAUGGAUGAUGAUGCAGAUGAGGAGAGCGAUCCAUUUCCUGUUGAACAAUCCCCAGACAUUGAAGGGGAUCUUGAAUCUGGUGAAAUCAAUAGAAGUUCCGUUUCUGCUAAGUUGGUGGCCAAUGAAAGCGAAGCUGGCCAUAAUCUAAUGUCUACAGAUCGCUUGCUAGAAAUGAUGCAAACAACAGAUGUGAUGCAAACAACAGACGUGCUGCAAACAACAGAUGUGAUGCAAACAACAGAUGUGAAACCAAUGGAGUGUAUGAUCCCAGUUCACGAAACUGGAGACCGCAUCAGAUUCGUUUUGCUAUGGUGCCUCAUUGGCUACUCCAUGACAUGUGCAGUUUUACUCUGGUGAGUUGUCUGUGUGUGUGUGUGUGUGUGUGUGUGUGUGUGUUUUCGGGCGUGUCCGUGUGCGUGCGUGCGUGUGCAUAUUUGUCGGCAUCAAUCCUUCCACAUGAGUAUGGAUAUCUCUGAAGAGCAUCCAACACCAAUAAGAUAUACAUGUGUUCCAAGCUAAUGACAUACUGUGCCCUAUGAAUUUGGCUUUCCAGUACCCUGGAAAUACAUUAUUGUUUUGUUUGUUUUUUGAUUAUUUUGGAAUGCACGAUGUAUGCAUUGGAUUAUGCUUUGGUUUACUUUUGCAAUGUUUACGUAUUUAUAUCCUUCAGCAGGAUGCUGUGCCAUGCAAUGAUCAUGAUUGUAUCUACAUGUAUUAUUAUCUGACGUGCAUCACUCAUGCCAUGCACUGUACAGGUGUGUUCAUUGCACCGCAUAUUUGUUCUCUUUCCGUUACUGCUUGUGUUUCGCUGGAAGCAAGCACAGCAUGCCAGUAGACAAGACUGACAGGAUCACCCUAGUGUGCUUGAAGCGUAUAAUGUACGUCCGUUCCCUCCAUUGCAAUGUGAAGGGUGACUGUACCCAACAUGUUUUCCUUGCAUUCAAGAAGAACAACACUUGUCCAAAGUCGAUUAUCAUGUUGUGCAAGCAUACAUAUUCUCUUCUGAAACAUUUUCUACGGCAUUUUCAAAUCAUUGCAAUUGCAUCUAUGUUGUGAUGCAUUCAAAUGCCAGUCUUCACUGAUGCUGAUGCCUGCUAUUAGGUGCACAUAAUAAUGAUUUUCCAAGUAUGAUAUCAACAUCGCUGUCGUGGCGCAUGCACUGCCCCGGGCCACUGCAUUGUUUUUUUGCCAAUACCAUUCUUUCUAUUGUCUUUUUGCCACUUGUCAUUGUAUUGCUCCCUGGUCUGUGCUUUCUCGAGAGUGAAUUUUUUUUAGAAACCCUUAUUUAAGCACCAUUAGCUUUGAAACCUAAGAUGUUCCCUUGCCCUUUCCGUCCCACCUAACCUCAAACAUUCUCUUGGUUGCUGAACUGCUUCAAAAAGGACCGCAUGCUCGCAAUCUUCUUCCCGCUGUCACACAUGCCUUUGAAGGACCUUCUUUACAGUAUAGAACUUCAUUUGCCUCUCUCUCUCUCUCUCUCUCUCUCUCCGAGGCUCUCUCUCUCUCUAUCUCUCUGUCUCCCUCUCUCUCUCUGUCUCUCUCUGUCUCUC